GUUUCCUCCGGAGAGAUUUAAAGGUGGUUCCGGAGUCAGAUGUUCGCAGCGGUAAGGCGGCUGUGUUUUCUGUGGGAGAGAAGUGAAGAUAGUUGGAGCCGGUAACAGUGACAAUAAUGCAGUGCGGCUGGCCUCUCUUAGGUCCGCUUCAGUGGACUCGUUACGUCAACAAAAAGGUGAACGUAAAGGCGGGAAAAGAUGAAGAGCACCGAGGCUGGCUGCUGACCGUGGACCCGGUGUCUGCCAGGUACACACACACACACACACACACACACAUUCGGCUCAGUUCGGUUCGGUUAACCGCUGGUUGUCCUUCGUGGUUCUGGACUAAAAUGGACUGAACUGAACCGCUCAGUGGAAAUGCAGCCUAACUUUAGAGAGUGCAGGUGAAGGGGAUGAAUCACCCGGUGGACGGAGUGAGAUUUAAAGCUCCAGGCUGUUUUCUCCUUCUGUCUCCAAAGAUUUAAACACAGGCCGAAAAAAACAAGAACCAGAACCAGAACCAUGCUAAAAAUUUCCCUCUUUAAACCACAACCACUGUACAAAAAAAAAAAAAAAUGAAUACAGCUAGAAAUAAGUGAAUCCAGGUGUUUGAUUGUAUAGAAAUCAAUAAAACCAAGUGUUUGAUAAUCAAGAGAUUAAUUGUGUGUUUAAUUAUUUAAAUAUUAAAUAAUCUGGCCAUUUGAUAAUAAUUUUUUGAUUAAACAUAUAUAGAUGUGACAUGAAUUAGUUGGACUCAUGGUGCAGCUCUGAUCUAAACUGAUGUGGAUCUGAUCUCUGUGUUGCAGUCUGGUCCUGGUGAACUUCAGGGGGGAGAGCGGAGCUUCAGUACAGGUGGUCAUGGGUCACGCUGUGGAGGAGGUGCAGGUCCUGCAGGAGGCAGAUGAAGAGACCAUGCAACGCCUUCAGUCCUCAUUCCUCCCCACAAACACACAUCGGCUGGACCCCAAGGAGCAGGCAGCCAUAAGGGGGCGAGUACGGACCUGGCUGGAGAAGAACCGGGUCCCUGUGGUAGAGGAGGGAGAGGAGCUGAGGGUGGCAGGGGUCCUGACCAUCACAGCCCCUUAUAGACCUGAAGACUGCUGCAGCUCCAACCAGAUCAUCCUUGACCGAAUCCAGAAACUGAUCCAAAACCAACCAUGUCUUGCAGGCACUGAUCCAGAACAAACAGAAUCCUAAAGGAACUGACCAAGAACCAACUGGUUCCUGCAGAAACUGACCCAGAACCAACUGAAAUCUGCAGAAACUGAACCAGAAUCUGGACCAGAUGGUCAAUGCCGGACCAAAAGACUUGGAAUCUACCUAUCUGACUCUUGUGUGGUGUGUUAACCAAUCAUAAUUGGGCAGUAGUUUUGACUGUCAGCUGAUCAGCACUUAUUUUACUUGGCUCUAACCCCCUCUGUUGUCAUUAGCUAGAAUAAAACAGAAUUUUCAAAAUAAAAGUCUGUUUCUCUCAGAGGAAAGAUUCAGAGCCGACUCAGCCUUGGGAUGGGUUUCAAAAACUCUGAUGUUUACACAGACUGUUAUUUUGAAAUGUAAAACUUAAACAGUAAAGAAAUAAGUUGUUUUGACAAGUGUUUUUGUUUGAUCAGUUGAUCAAUCACUGUAAUGUACAGUUGAACUUAUUUAUCAAUCAGCUGACUGUUUCAGUUUGUUUAUUCUGUACACAAGGUCAGUUUAAAUAAAAAUUGCAAAGGAAAUGGGACAGAAUGUCCAAAGUUCUGAA